AUGUCCGUUCGUGUUGUUGCGAGGAUACGUCCGCUGCUGGAGACAGAGCUGGACAAGGACAUCAUUGUUCGUCCUGACGGUGCUGAAGCAGGCGGGCCGCACACCAUUGUCAAGAUCCCCAACCCGAAGAACCAGGCUGAGGACUUUUCCUUUGCGUUCAAUGCCGUAUACGAUCAGUCGACAUCACAAGAGACGCUGUUUACUUCUGAAGUACAGCCGCAUCUCAAGUCACUAUUCCAGGGAUAUGAUGUCACAAUAUUCGCCUACGGCGUCACUGGCACGGGGAAGACGCACACUAUGCGUGGCGGUCUCAAGCUCGCCGACCGAGGAGUUAUUCCCCGGCUUUUGAGCGGCGUGUUUCGAAGAGGCAAGAAGAUUGCCAAGGACUCCGAGGGCAACACGACGGUAAACGUCAGCCUGUCGUACUACGAGAUUUACAAUGACAAGGUGUUUGACUUGCUCGAGCCGCCCGAGAAGAGAACACCAUCCGGACUGCCCCUUCGCGCCGAGGCCAGCGGGAGAACCGUUGUAGCUGGGCUAUCUGAGCGAGCCUGCGAGGACCUCCGAGACUUUGAGAAGCUGUACAUUGAGGCUAACAACAACCGUGUUACCGCGUCCACAAAGCUGAACGCGCACAGUAGUCGGAGUCACGCCAUCCUCCGCGUCAAGGUAACCCAAACCACGGACGAAAUGAUCCGUGAGAGUACUGUAUCUGCCAUUGACUUGGCAGGUUCAGAAGACAACCGCCGCACUGACAAUGGCAAGGAGAGACUGGUCGAAUCGGCGGCUAUCAACAAGAGCCUCUUUGUCCUCAGCCAGUGUAUCGAUGCCAUUUCAAGAGGUGACAAGCGCAUUCCGUAUAGAGAAUCCAAAAUGACCCGGAUUCUCUCCCUUGGUCAGAACAACGGCAUCACUAUUAUGUUCUUGAACCUGGCUCCUCUCCGCAGCUACCACCUUGACACCCUGAGCAGUCUAAACGUCAGUUCCCGGGCGAAGCGGAUAGAAGUCCGCGAGAUUGAGAACGAAGUAGUGUUCAAGCAGUUCCCCAGAUCGGCGGGCUCUCAUACCGUUCAGCGCCAGCCGCUUCGACCGCUGGCUCAUGCCUUGAGCGCUCACAACGUGCACAAUGGCAACGUAGCUGCCAAAGGUUCUGCAGACGUAACUCGACCCAUCAAGUCGUUCAGUGUUUACACAGACAAGGCCAGGCAGUCUCCGACCAAGACCAUCUCCAUGGCAACAUCGCUGCCGCGACCUGCUGCUGUAAAUGUUAGUUUGGUGCCUCGCCUCAGCGCCGCCUACAAGCGCCCAUCGGACCACGAGAGCGGAAUUGCGAGACCCAGAAAGCUUGCUCGACCGUCCAUUGAUGAGCCAUCCAUCACAGUAACUGCAUCACAAAUUGAGGCCAUGGUCGAGAAAAAGGUUGGCGAGAUCUUGGCAGCGAGGACGGCCGCCGAGAAGGCAGUGCAAAGCCAAAAUCGCGGUGCGUCUUCUCAACAUGACGUUAGCGAAGCUAUGCAAAGACGCCUAGAGGCCCUCGAGCGGCGCAUCGAGAGUGAAGAUGCUCGUGUAGACUCGAAGUCUGAUGGUCUGCGAUUUCUGCUGGCUGCCAGGCAACACAGGGAGAAGGGUGACGACGCCUCGGCAUUGAGAGCUUACGAAAUGGCUCUGCCAUUCUUUCCAGGACAGGCCAAGUUGAUUGGGAAGAUUCAACGCCUGAGAAACCGAUUGGGAAUUUCCGUCGAGCAGACUUGCGUCAUGAGAAGCCCCAUGAGGAGCCCCCUGAGACACGACAAAAAAUUGAGACGGACACGCCUCACAAUCAACCCUGACGGCACAAGCUCCGGCCAGGACGAAACGGAUGUUGAGGAGGAGUUUUUAGAUGAUGACACUGUCAGGAUCAAGCCGCGAAAGUCGAGGUCGAAAUCCAUGGCCAAGCUGCAAGUAUACGGUGACGUCAACGAAACGACAACUGUACUAGGUGCUCGGGAUCUGGCUCCUUCAAGGGGGCUCGUGAGUUACUAA